AAAGUAGUAAACAAAAAUGGCGGAUCCAUUGAGUUUGUUGCGACAAUAUAAUGUUAACAAAAAGGAAAUUAUCGAAAGAGAUGGGCAGAUUAUAUUUGGAGAAUUCUCCUGGCCCAAGAAUGUCAAAACAAAUUACCUUAUGUGGGGAUCCGGAAAAGACGGCACCCCCAAAGAGUAUUAUACCUUAGAAUGUUUGCUCUUUAUUUUAAAGAACGUAUCCUUAACGCAUCCUGUCUACGUAAGACAAGCAGCUGCGGAGAAUAUACCAGUAGUACGAAGACCCGAUAGAAAAGAAUUAUUAGCAUACCUAAAUGGCGAAACAGCCAGUUGUCCUGCAAUCGAUAAAAGCGCUCCUUUGGAAAUACCAACGCAAGUUAAACGAUCAGCCGAUUACGAUGGCCCUGAAAGUUUGGCCAAAAAGCCAAGGUUCGAGGACAUUCACGUGCAGAAGGUUCGAGAGAAACUCGCAGCCAAAUUGGACGGGCCCAAAGAGGCUUCGGUUACCGUCGAUAACAUCAAAUCUCUUUCCGAUGCCAUGUCCGUUGAAAAAAUCGCCGCAAUCAAAGCGAAACGUUUAGCCAAAAAGAGAACCACCAUCAAGGCCAAUGACGACAGCCAAGAGUACGAUAUCAGUGCCAUCUUGGAUCUCGAUGUCGACAUAACUAAAGAUAUAAUUAGUAGGGAAAGGCAAUGGAGGACUCGUACGACUAUUUUACAAAGUACCGGAAAAACGUUUGCUAAGAAUAUAAUAGCAAUGUUGACUAGUAUAAAAGCGAGGGAAGAGGGAAGACAACGGCCUCCUCAACAACCGCCUCAAGUUACGCCCAGACAAACUCCAUUACGAGCCACUACGCAGCCUUCCGUGUACAACAGAUACGAUCAGGAAAGAUUUAACAGACAAAAAGAAGAAACCGAGGGCUUCGAAAUUAACACCAUGGGUACCUACCACGGUAUGUCGCUGAAAUCUGUCACCGAGGGCUCAGCGAAGGCCAACAGACCUACAGCUCCUGCACCGCAGGCGCCUUUGCCGAUAAGCGCCGCCCGCCCGCCCCCGGGAGGCCUGCAAAAGAGGGUGUCUAGAACGCCCAUUAUCAUAAUACCGGCAGGAACGAAUUCUUUAAUCACCAUGUACAAUGUGAAAGAUGCCCUGCAAGAACUGAGGUUUGUGAGUACGGAACAGAAGAAGGCGGAAGGGGGCAAACGCGAUAACGAAGUGUUGAUUCAAAGGCAACGUAAUGGGCAAACGGUACCAUACAGGGUGGUGGAUAAUCCAGCGAAAUUGAGCCCGAGCGAUUGGGAUAGAGUGGUUGCUGUUUGGGUGAUGGGGCCUGCUUGGCAAUUCAAGGGAUACCCGUGGGAAACGCCGGUGGAAAUUUUCGAUAAAAUCGCCGCGUUUCAUUUGAAAUACGAUGAAAUGAAAAUGGAACCGAAUGUUGAGAAAUGGGCUGUGACUGUCAUACAGCUAUCUAGGACGAAGAGACAUUUAGAUAGAGCUGCGCUUAUGGUUUUUUGGGAAAAACUAGACAAGCAUAUCAUGCAAUACAAACCGCAUUUGAGGUGGUAACAGCAAGAGUAUUAGAUAAGUGUAACGGAUCACAAUCGAAAUAACGUUUUAUAUUUUAUUUGGAUCACUUUCAAAAGGAUUAGUUUCUUUAUGUAAUAUGGUAUUUAUAUAGUUGUAUAUAAAAUUGUUUGAAUUUACA